UUUAAUUGACAGAUGUUAUAGGAGCAGAAAGGGUGAUUUCCGUCAAAUCCGUCACUUGAUUUCCAUUCCAAAAUUAAAAUUUUGUGCUUUUCGGUUUAGAGCAAGUGUUUUCCGAAAUACCAAAAUGAGCGCCGCAGCUAAAUUACCUUCACUUUUGAGCUCGGCCGUUGCUCAAGCCAGGCCAAAAUUCAACAUUUUCAUGAAAUACGCUCGAGUGGAGUUGGCCCCACCUAAACUAAGUGAGAUACCGCAAGUCAAAGCUGGUAUUGCUAAGCUGCUGAACAGUGCAAAGACCGGAGCAUGGAAACAGCUGACAGUAAAGCAAGCGACCUUGAACACCCUAGUUGGCGCAGAGGUCCUCUUCUGGUUCUAUGUGGGAGAGUGCAUCGGCAAACGCCACAUUGUUGGAUAUAAUGUUUAGGUUUUAAGAGCAACUUUGUAGAUAUUGUAAUCAGUGAAAUAAAUUAUUGAAACAAAA